AAAAAAAAAAAAAAAAGAAAGAAAGAAAAGAAAAGAUGUCCUUUCCCAACCCCUGCCUCUGCACUUACAUCCUUUAUCUGGGGAACAUACCACAGAGACUAAGCCCUCCACUGCAACUUUGAGAAGUGUAAAGAAAUGUACUUUAUUCAGCAGUUAAUAUUUUGGAUAUCAUUAGGUCAGUUUACCAAGCAAGUGUGAACAACUCAGCGUGUAUCAGAAUGUGGGGUUCUGGAGCAAUAAACAAAGGAGCACAGUAACGGGCUGUCUCUGCAGUGAAGUACCUCAGUCUGAAACAUUAAGUAUGGGAAGGUAGCCAGUAGCGUUAAGGUUAGGAAACUUUGAUACAUAUAUCACAUAUACCCACACAUACACAUGAAUAUACAUACAUAAAUAUAUGUCCUAUAUAUUUAUAUAGUUUAUAUAUUCAUAUACUUACAUAUGCAUAUGACCCUUGUUUAUAUUUUUUUUGCAGAAGGACAUAUACUAAUAUAUUUAUAUAUUUAUUAUGCAUGUGAUCCUUGUUUAUGCUUUUUUCAGAAGAACAUAUAAUAAUAUCUUUAUUUAAAGUGUAUAUAAUAGAAAAACAUAGGAAAAAAGUGACCUUGUCAUACAUGAUGCUUUAUAUUAAACAUCUAUGCAGCAUGGCAAAGAAGAUCUGAAAGUCAUGAAUAUUUAAUUCUCAUUUAAUAAGCCAUCCUUAGAAUUUUGUUAUUUUCGCAUUUGGGAAUAUUCCAGCUGAUGUCACACUUUUACCACAGGAAGCCCUCUGCAUUUUUAGUUGUCCAAAUUAAUAUAUAACUCCAGAAGCUGAUUGCCUGGAUUUUAACAUUCUUCCUCUUAAAUCAGGAGGUAGAAAUGUUUCUUCAAUGACAUAGAGCUUGGGUUGUGCAGUAGUCUAUGUGAAGCAAGAGUCCUUUAAUAGCCCCCAAAGUUUUUACAACAUCUCUGCUUGUUACUUACACCAUAGAAAGUGUGCCUAUUUGAGAGAUGUACUGAUGAAAGAGAGUAUUUUCAAAGUCCUGCUCCCUCUCACAUAGUUUCUGAUGAUCACUGAUGUGAAGCAACCUACAGAGAGAAAUUAAAACACGUGGUGGCUUUGGAGGGCACUUCUUAUUCUGAGGAGGAACACGUGACAGGACUCACCCUGGGGAGUCUGAAGUGUACUCUCCUUCGACUCCAGGAUAUGGAGAGUCAUAAAUCCAUGGUUUAAAUAUUAACUCUGCAAAUCAUGUUGGACAGUGGAUUUGGCAUUUGGAAACGUGUGAAUAUCUUAGCAUAUGAUUUUCAGAAAGAUAUCAAUAGGAAGUAGCCGAAAGGAAAAAUAAACGCAGUAUUAUGUAACGAACGGUGCAGAAGGCUUAAAACGCAUAACAAAAGAAAGUACAGUGAGUUGGGUUGUCGGUGGUAGAUCCGGCCCUAUAUAAUCAACGGGAAAUUACAUGUGUUUCAGCAUGUUCCAAUGACAGAAGAUGAAGCAGAGAAUUUUAGAAUAUUCUCAAAACAAUUGUUGAAGCAUUUGAUGCUUUCUUUAAUGAAAUAGAGAGGAAAGUAAAGAUGAGGUUAUUAAGGUGGAGAAAUUGUCCUUAUCUCCUACCACUUUCUCCCUUGGUUUGUAACCUCCCAAACCGCUGACAUUCUUUUCUGGUUCUGUUUGUUCCUUGCUUCACAGCAUUUCUUUUCUUGCUGUUUCCAUUCCCAGAAUGUAUAAUAUCCUAGCUGAAGAGGGAGUGCCAUCAUUCAGGCAUCAGCUUAAAUGUGGCCUUCUCAUCACUCCCGCGCACCAGUCCUUCUCCUCUGUUGUUCUUGCAGAGAGUAAGCACCAUGAGAAGAAUGUCUGAUCUGUGCAUUGCUCUAUUCCCGGGGCCUAGAAUGUGGUUUGUUACCCAGCAACUGUUUCAUAAACAGUUGUUAAAUUAAGUACAGUUAAAAAUAGACAGGGAAAACUUUUUACUGGAAACGAAUGGCUAAGACUUACUUGCUCCUAUGAUAACAUGACAUAAUAUGUGGAUUACCUUUCUGUAUCUUGAUUUUGUGUUUGGUAUGAUAUACAUUUUGUUACUCUGAUUCUAGUGAAUUUAAAUACAGUUACAAAUGUGAACUGUUUUUAACAGCAGAUCACUAGGGGUCUUCCUGAACCGAAUCUCCACGUUAUCAGCUUCUGGUUGCGGUCAUCUUGGCAUAACACCCUUAUCUUCCGAAGGACCGAUGGAGAGCAAAGGAGAAACCAUCAUGCCUCCUCUCAACACUUCGUGUCCCUCUCCUUCCCCCUUCCUGCUGGUGGGCAUCCCGGGACUAGAGCACCUGCACGUCUGGAUCGGGAUCCCCUUCUGCUCCAUGUACGUGGUGGCCGUGGUGGGGAACGUGACCAUUCUGGCUGUGGUGCGGGCAGAGCGCAGCCUCCACGAGCCCAUGUGCCUCUUUCUGUGCAUGCUCUCGGCCACCGACCUGGUCCUCUCCACAGCCACCCUGCCCCGCAUGCUCUGUCUCUUCUGGCUCGGAGCCCGCGCCAUCGCCUUGGAUGCCUGCCUGGCCCAGAUGUUCUUCAUCCAUAGUUUUACGGCUCUGGAGUCGGGCUUCUUUCUGGCCAUGGCCGUUGACCGUUACGUGGCCAUUUGUCACCCACUGCGCCACACGACCAUGCUCACCCCGGCUCGCAUCGCUCUCAUGGGUGUGGUUGUGGUGGUUCGAGGCGUGGCCUUCUUUUCCCCACACCCCAUUCUGCUCAAACAGCUGCCCUACUGUGGGACUCGCAUGAUCGCCCACACCUACUGUGAGUUCAUGGCUGUCGUGAAGCUGGCGUGUGUGGACACGGGGGCCACCAAGCGUUACAGCCUCAGCAUGGCUACUAUCGUUGGCUCAUGCGAUGCGGUUCUCAUUGCUGUAUCCUAUGCCUUCAUCCUCUGCUCUGUGUUCCACCUGCCAUCCCGAGAAGCUCGCUUUAAGGCGUUGGGUACCUGUGGGUCCCAUGUCUGUGUUAUUCUUGUCUUCUACUCCACAGCUGGAUUUUCCAUUUUCACCCACCGUUUUGGGAAAAAUAUACCUGCACAUAUCCAUAUUUUUAUUGCAAAUAUGUACCUUUUGGUGCCUCCUUUUCUCAACCCUAUUGUUUAUGGAGUAAGGCCCAAGAAAAUACGGGAGCAUGUUCUUAAGGCACUAAGUGUCAAAGUUGCCUGAUUUUAGUUGGAUCAAAAAAUACAUGGUUCAAGUUAUGUAGAAAUUCAAGAGACGAUGUGGGGAAAAUAAGUAAACUGCUAUUAGUCCCAUAACCUGAAUUGCAUUUUCCAUCUGCAAAUUAUUCACCAUAUGUCUACAGUAUCUCAGGAUUCUACCUCAACAACUUAUUUUAGCUGUUUCAUUUGGUAAAUGUUGGUGAUGAGGUUGUUAGUAUCACUCUAACUAUAUAGCUUUGGAGGUAGGUAUAAUUGGGAAUGAACCAUAGGUAGAACUUUUAAGUGAGAUACCUCCUCCUGCAGUGCAUCCUCCCCCCGCAAAAAAAAGGGAAGUUAUCUGAGAUCUCAAUACUGAAUUUUACAGUUUAGGCAGUUUGAAAGAAUCUUGAGUCAUCUAUGUGGCUGUGAUUUUUUUUUAGAACAGCUAAUAGAUAUUGUACCUCUAGUCUGAUUGAAUCAAAUUAAGGGCUUGAGAGAAAUGAAUAGGAUUAAUAAUACACAAAGACUAAACAAAUUAAGAAAGGAGUUCUCCUCAAGGGAAACAAACAAAAACAAAAAUAAAUUAAUAAACUCAUAAACAUGAAUUUUUGUGAAGGCACCAACAUUGAUGUUAGAGCAUCAGUAGUUUUUAGUUUUAAUAGAGUUGGGAUAUUUUAUAAAACUAAAAUAAUACCCUGGAUUCUGUUGACAGCUGAAAUGUAGUUCAUAUAUUCCAGAUUUGGUAUUUAGUAGGAAAAACUAUCAACCUACCAGGUUUCUCUGUGCAGGUAGUCUUCCUCUUUGAUUAGUUGACUUGGAAACCACUAUCAAGACACAAAACUUGGAAUCUUUUAUCCACAGAGUCCAAAUGCUGCCCCUUUUUAUUACCUGAGUAUCUAGGACUAUCUUCCUUCUUUGAUCAUUUUCUUCAGCUUUCUCUAGUCUCCCAGCUAGGCAUUUCUCUUCUUUAAAAAAAAUAUCAUCUGAGAACCAUGAAAUAUUUCUUUUCUUGGAGGCCAUCCAAAAAGGAGUCUGUAUACCAGUUAUCAGAUACUGUAGACUUUACCUGAAGGUAGGGUGUUUUUCUGUUUUGGAAUACUCUACAUCUUUGGCACUAUUGUCUUGUUGUAAGGAAUUCAGGAAAGGAGUAAUUUGAGGGCUACGUUAAUGACAGUACCUUGGACAUGGUAGGCUAGAAAGUCAUGUAGAGCAUUAAAUUGUGUAGGUUCUGAGGGAGAACAUCUCAGCUAAGGUGAAUAUUCACAUAUCUUUAACAUAUAAAGUGAUGGUCAUGGCGAGGUCUCUAUGGGUAAAUUCACGCAGGCGGCAAUUACAUGAUGAAAAAAACAAAGACCAGCUGAAAAAAUGCUGAAAUUUCUAUUUCCGUGCCCCAUCCACCUGCAUCUUCUUGAGCCAUUCGACGUUUACAUUUAUUGUCCCAGAUCAACUCCAGGGAUGCCCUUUCUCAAUCGUUUCUUCUUCUUCUCAGAUAAUGUAAGUGUGUUACAUCCGUCAUUAGGAAACCACUGUCUUGCUGCAUUUUUAAGAAAUUUUAGACUAUUGCAUUUCUUAUGCAUUCAUUUUUCUGAAGUCCAAUGACAUGCAGUGAAAUGAACAAGCCUUAAAUGAACAGUUAAGAAAGUUGAACACAUGCAUAGCCCACGUAGCCCGCUCUACAGUCAUAAUAAAAGGCAUCUUAUCAUCCCAGAAGGCUCCCUUCUUUUUUCUCUUGCAAGUGUGGUGUUGGGAAAUGUGUGAUUUAUGCAGUAGGAAUAGUUGCUGCCUUAUUUCUGUCAAUAAGGCAUCAAUGCUUGAGUUGCAAUUUUAAGCUUUAUACUAGUGAUGUAUUAUGUAUGUGGGUUAGGAAGUCCUGGACUGUGGAUUCGGCGUAAAUGGUCCCUUGAUAAUCGUCUGUGAGUGGAUCCAGUACUUCUGCUCUGUUUGUUCUGUAUGUGCCUGAAACAGCUGUUUUCCCUGAUGCUCAGAGGUUCUUCCUGUGUGAGUCCCAAGCACAGAUCUUUGUUGUGUCGGGUAUUUUCCACGGCCUGGACACCAAGCAAAGGAGAUCAGAAGCCCCAGAGGGGACUUGACAUCAGAAGGUUUUUGUCUAUUGCCAUGUACUCCCCUAAGACGCUGUCUCUUUAGCUGGCCCUUUUCAGCCUUUCCGCCCAUAGGAAAACAAGUGGGCAGGCAGCUGUUUUCCAGCUCUCUGAAUGCCGAGUGCGUUCCAGGCAGAGAAAAUAAUAAGACACGUGGGUCACAGUAUCAGCCCCAGACACUUUUGCUUAGUAGGAACUCAGUGCUUCCACUAGCAGGUAAGGUUAGUUCAGUAGGUGAGAAACUCUUAGGCAUGAUAGUCUCUGGACGCUGGACACUGGAGGUUUCCUGAAGAAAUACAUCAACUGUAUACGUUACAGAGCUUUUGGUAGAAGAACGAUCAUGAUGCUUAGACUGGGCUUCACAAAUGCUGGUAGAGUCCUUGGACUCAUUACAGCAAAAUUCUGUAUCCUUUUGAGGACAGACAAAACUUGGAAAAGCCUCGCUGCAUGUAGCUCAUGAUAGUGGAGCUAUAACAUCAUGAAUCAUCGGUAUUUUGGGAUAUAAGACAACAGACUUUAUUUUGUCCUUUAAGAUGACUUUUCUCAAUUUUCUUUCUGGGCUCGGUGGUUUCCUAUGAGAUUCAAUAGGUCUGAAAUAGUAAGAACCAAGGGAAUUUCAGUGCUCUCUUUCCUCACGCAAGAGAGAAACCUGCUCCUCCUCAUGAGAAAUACAGAUGGAUCUCUUAGUCUGAAGUCAGAGAAGAAUAAGGGAAACAGAAUCCAGUCGUUCUAGAGGUUCGGUCCCUUUCCCACAGGAAAAAAUAUAUUAAUAGCACGAGCAGCUUUACAAAAAGCUUUGAAACAAAGGCAAGAGAAUUAGACAUACGCUUUAAUCUUGGCGUGCUGCCAUCCAUUUCUCAAGGACGACUAUAACGGAAUGUAUAACCAGCUAUUUUGUCUCCAUCAACAAGAAAAGAAAAAAUAUGAAGAAGAUAUCUUUUUACUCCAUUUCUUAGAGAUUCUAGAAGUUUAUAAAUCUGUAAAAGCAAUGCUGAAUCAGUGCACUGAAAUGCCCUGUAUUACUCAUAGUGGUUUAUUGAUCUGUUUAUCAAACACAUCAAGAGAACUUACUUAAUAUAGAUAAUGUUCUAAAUGCUCUUAAAAUAAGGUAGAAACAGAAAAUUAUGUGACAAUCACACACACGCACAAACACAUAAUUGGAGAUUUUGCUGUUUCUUCUCUCCUGGGUUCAGGUUACUGUCUCUCAAAACUGAGAUGCGUGAUCCAUGACUAGUUAUCGUAAUUGGUCUGAAUCCCUGUACAGAUCUUCCUCAACUUACAGUGGGUUACAUCCUGAUAAACUCACCAGUAAGGUAAAAAUAGCAGAUGUCAAAAAGGUAUUUAAUACAGCCAACCUACUGAACACCACCGCGUGGCCUGGCCUCCCUUCAAUGUUCUCAGAACGAUUACUUUGGCCUAAAGUUGGGCAAAAUCAUCUAACACAAAAAGCCCAUUUUAUAAUUGAGUGUCGACUAUUUCCUGAAAUUUAUUGACUACUGUACAGAAAGUGGGAAACAGAAUGGUUUUGUGAGUGUGCAGGUGUUGUGAGUGUGCAGGUUGGUUGCCCUUUUUAGUGCAGGUUGACUGGGAGCUACGGCUCAGUGCUGCUGCCCAGAAUCAGGAGAGAGUAUCUUACUAUAUGUGGCUGGCCUGGGAAAAAAGCAAAAUUCAAAAUUCAAAGCACUCUUUCUAGUGAAUGUGUGUCACUUUUGCAUCCCUGUAAAGUCAAAAAGUUUUAAGUCAAAUCACUAGGUUGGGGACAACCUGCAUAUAAGAGAUUAAACUUACUGCAUUCAUCAUAAUACUCUACUUUUUAUCCCAUGACUGAAGUUACUUUCUAGUUCUAUACACUUGCAUAUUUUAAAAUAGCGUUGGGCUCAGAGUGGAGAAGGACACGUAACUCCCUCGAUGUUGGCUCUUAACACAGCCCAUUUGGUUUUCACCCAGCCGCCUUUCUCCUCCUUGGAAACCCAGGACAGGAGACGUCCUGUAUCUGCCGUCCCACCUGCCUCGUCCUGCUCACCUACCCUUCCCAUUCGAGCUGGGAAGUGUGUCCUUGAGUUCCUCAUCAAGACAGACCCCAGUCUGUGUGACCCCACGUAUCUCUUCCUCUCGAGCUCUUUAUGAAUAGCCUGGUGUUUACCACUGCCCCAUGUCCCAAAUUCUCACUUUCUUUGGGUCAAAGACAGAUCGGUUUUAAAGCUUACCUUACGUAGAUAUCAUGCAUCCACUAUGAAACCGCAGAAGAACAGUGAGGAUUACCCAAGAGAAAGUGCACGAAAUGUCCAGAGCACAGCAGUUGGUUUGCAAGACAGGGUAGGAUGCAUCACACACAGGGAGAAGCUGGCGUUCCUAAGGACCAAGACAGGUCAUUCAUAGCAGCAGACAGUCAGCAGUAACGCUUGACCUCAGAGGCAGAUGGGUGGGCAGACAUGUCCAUGGGAUCCUCUCUGGCUUCUUUUUGUCAGUGAAAUUGGAAUCUAGGUUUCGUCUAAGGGUGGGCUUGGGGGAAGAGUGGCAGAGGCUUUCAUUGAGAGCACAUCUAAAUUAAUUUUAAGGAAACUGAGACAGGAAGAGACUUUGGAAUUAUUCGUGAUACGAGGGGCUCACUUGAUAUCGUGAAUAGGAAUUCCAAGUGAGACCAGCAGCUUGGUCAUAGGAGGUCUCUUUGGUAGCACAAGUGUAAGCCUGGAGUGCUCUGUUACGUAAAUGAGCCAAAAAAUGGCCUCUCUGACCCAGAAACCAUUGGUGUCAGAGCCUGUGGGAUUGCUGUCCCCAGGAUUACAGAGAUGAUGACCUGUGUGGCCGCAUGCUAUAGCCAUAGCCAUUUAAAAAUAUUUGCUGAUGUGAUAAACGAGAGGACAGAAGCAUCCGGAUUAUCUACAAAUAUAAAGCAUAAACGUAAUUUAAAAAUGAGUGGGAAAUGAGAGGACAUGGGUGAGAGAAAUGGGGAAAGUAUUAGAGGGCAAAGCAAAAACAUGAAAUCUCGUCAGAGCCUUUUUUUUCUGCUGUGUAGCAGUAAAUGAUGCCAAAAGAGUAACGGAGACCAGAUUACAAAGGGUCCUGUUGUCACUUUGGACAUGGUCCCCUGUAACAGACAGAACGUAACACUUUGUAUAAGAAAGCGUAUCCACUUUAACUCAGUCAUACGCCACUUUUUUUAAAUGAUAUUUUAAUUUUGUGGCCACACCCACUGCAUAUGGACGUUCCCGGGCUAGGGAUUAAAUAUGAGUCACAGCUUCAGCCUACACCACAGCUGCAGCAAGGCCACAUCCUUGAACCCACCGGUGCUGGAUCAGGGAUCACAUCUGCCCCUCUGCAGCGAACUGAGCUGCUACAGUCAAAUUCUUAACCCACUGCACCACAGCGGGAACUCCUGGACACACUUCAUUUUUAAAUCUUGGUUAAGUAAAUAAAAUGUGGAGCCAGAGAUAUUCAGAUUCAGAUCGAAUGUCACCUUCCAUUUGCUAUACGAUUUCACAUAAAUCAUUUGAUCUGCAGUUCCCUUUGUCUCUGCAUCUUUUUAGUGGUGAGGUUGUAUUUCUAAAGGCUGUUUUGAACAUCAGUGAGGGGGAUUUCUGAGCACUAAACAGGGCCCUAGAAAAUGGUGACCUCUCAGGGGGUAUGUACAUAAUUCUUUUGGGGGGUUCUGUGUUCUUUCUAACAUUUUUCUGUGUAUAUUAUCAUAUCAAAGCACUCAGCAGACCUUUGGGAAGUAAAAAUGUCCUUAUUCAUUUUCUUAAGGGAUAGUUAAUGUUAAUUACUCUCCCUGCAAGUAAUUUAGUCCUGUACUUCGGGAAAAGGCCCCAUACCCUAGAGGAUCGCCAAGUCCCCUGCCACCUACACCCUUGAAUCCAGUGGGAUUGGGUGUUGGGUAUAAGCCAGCUCACGUUCAGUGAGCAUCCUCCUUCGCAUCUGCUCCUUACACAAGCUGGCUCCCUGGAUGAUUCUUAGCUUCUAAUUUGGGUGAGUUGAUAGAGAUAAAGGUCAGGAAAAGAGAGGAGGGGGCUACAUUCCAAACAUCGGCUUUUAAAAUUAUGAGAUCCUCAAAAAGGUAAUUCCCAGCUCUUCGAAUAGCCUUAGUACAAUUAAAAAUAAAUAGCAUAGACAUAUAAUAGACUAAAAAGAUUCAGUGGAGCCUUUUUCCAUUACCGAUGUGAAUAUGUACCUCUUGAUUAGCUAAACUCUAAGGAGCAAAUGGUUAUGGAAACCCCACGUGAGAAUGAACGUAGCAUUAAAGCUGAUUGACCUGGACAGGCUUUGAAAUCAAGACAGUUGGGAGCAACAAGCAACCGUUUUCCUCCCACUUAAUAUUAGAUGUUGAUCGAUCAUGGCAAAUAGUGUUUGUGGAAGAAUAUUUAAGAGGAAAGCGAAAAAAAUGUGUGUGUUUGUUGCGGUGAUCAGUUGGGCAAGAAUGGGCCAUAAACAACCUCUUCUGUUUCCUCUGUUUUCAUAAUAUUUCAGACGACUGCAUUCUCUCAGCCACAUUAGCUGUUAUUGUUUUUGAUGUAGCUCAUCUGCAGACUAGUUAAGCUGUGCAGAUAAGAGAGAGCAGAGUGUGGAGAAAGACUUCCAGACUAAAACGUUAUAGGACAAAAGUUCUCCUGAGUGGGUUUUCCAGAGGAAGUGUGCUGAAAUCUCUGCGUCUACCGUUUCUAUGCUCAGGCCUCAAUUCCUGGCUGGAAGCUUAGAAAGUCUGAUAAUUAUGAAAAAAAAAAAAA